AUGGCCGACGAGAUUGACGUUCUAGACACCGAAUCCCCCCUUGACAAUCAGCUGCCAUGUUGCAGCUACCGAGUACACGAGCCUAUUGUUAUACGAGGUGUUGGACGACUUACUAUGUAAGCUUUUAUAAUAUUUUUUAAUUUAGUGCUUUACUAUAGACGUAUUGUAACUUUGGCAUGUUUAUUCUACUCUAGCCUACCCUACCCAGUCUACCGUACCCUACCCUAACCCUUUCCCUACUCUAGCUUUAAAAAAUUUUACUACGUCAUCUUUCACUACAAUAUUAACCAUAAACAUUGUUUCAGGUUCGGGUUGAGUUCCCAGUUUGACGCCGACUUUCCGACCGCAUUGACCGGUCGGUUGGCACCAGAAGAACUCCGUGACACAAUGCAACGAAUCAAUUAUGUUUUGCAAAAGAAAAUGCACUCCCAUAUCUGCUGGCUGGUUUGCGGAGUCAUGUUUUGUUGUUGUACAUUGGGCUGCUCGUUUUGGCCGCUCAUUUGCAUGAGUCGUAGGGUGGGUUUUAGAACAAGUUUAAAAAUCCAUUUUUUUCAAAAAAUAUAGAAAUUUUGAAAUUUUCAGACAAUUUUUGCGUUGGAAAAAGCAUUGGAUUAUGAAAACCAACAGCUUUACAACCGCCUAGGCCUGCAUUGGCGUUUGGCCAGAAAACCGGUCGAACACAGCUCUCGACUCACCGAAUAUGUACUUUUACUCGAGACCCUACCCAAAAUGCCCUUAAUGUUACCGGAUUAA